UUUUUUUUUAUAUAUAUAACUACACAUUCUUCUUAUUAUUACAGAUAUUAAUUUCCCCUUUUUUUUAUAAUAAUAUGAGGUCAUCGCAUAAUCAUCAAUCAAGAAUAGAAUCUGUUACUGGUACUUGGUGUGUUUAUGUUGUUUAUAAUCCUGAUAGGUCAAAAGUUUAUGUUGGAACCACUCGAGACUUUAAGGACCGAAUUAAAAAACAUAAUCGUCCAUCAUCAGCAUCACCUUCUACCGUUGAAGAUGAAAUUGACUCUUGGUUGCCGGUAAUCGCCAUCACAGGAUUCUUUAAUAAGAAAGAUGCACUAGAUUUUGAAAAAAAUGUAAAAUCUACGGCAAAAAAGAAGGAAUUCACCGAAUAUGCAUCAUUAUAUCCGGGUAGAUGCCCUCCAUUAGUAUUAAAACGUAUUAUUGCCAUUAGAUGUUUGUUGUGUGAAUUUGAUCUUUAUUGGAGGGCACCAAAAGGAAAAAGACGUCGUUAUGUAUUACAUUGGGGGAGUUAUAUGGAUAGGGAUCAAAGACAAUCGAACGUGUUGAAACAUUGUCCUUGGUCAAGGCUUGGAAGAUAUGUUAAACAUAAGACAAUGGAUUUAUCUGAGGAUAGACCUCUCGCACCAGAGACUGAUUCUUCAAAUGUUUCUGUAACUUCUGAACAUACCAAUUCUAGAAAAAGAAAAGUCGUAGAUGAUGAUGAUGUUGAUAUUGAUGAUGACCAUGAUGACCAUGAUGAGAACGACGACGACGGUGAUCAAAGAGAAUAAGUUUAUAGAUAGGAUUUUAAUAGAGAAAGGGGGGGUGGAGAGAAUAUUACUGCUUGCAUUUUUCCUUUUUUUUUGAGAAAAUUUUUUUUUUAAUUUUUUU